CAUAGAAGAUAUGAAAAGUAUUUGGGCAUGAGAUCAUAUUUCCGAAGAAGGUCUUUAGCUGCAUUCACUCUCUGGCCACUGGGAAGAGCAAACGUGGUUAUCUCAUUCGUAGUCAUUUCAUACUUGUGUUCAUUAUCGGCUUGCUCUCGUGUAGGGAUGGUGAUAACCACCACGGCCAACAGCACCAGCAGCAGCAGCAGCAACAGUACAAGGAAAUGGAAGGAAAAUCGCGCGAGGGUGUUUUCCACCAAGCUUCGGCAGACCACACGAUACGAUGAUGAGCGGCGUCGUCAUCGACCACAGAACUUUGUUUUUCCCUCAUGUUUUUAGCGGCCUUUCUGUCAUUCCCCUGUGCAAGCGCGUGCGAAGCGGUUCAGUUUCACGGUUUUUCCAACUUACCUAAAAUAGCGAAAAUUGUCAAGACGAGAAAAAUAUCGCAAAAAGUAAUUAGGCGCGCUGUGUAGUCGCUUGGCAAAGAACAACAGCAAAAACAAUAACAACAACUGUGGUAAAAAUGUGAAACUUGCGUUAAACUUCCAACAUAAUUGUCAAUAGAAUUAACAAUUAAAACAAAAAAAACCAAAAACAAUAAGAGAAAAAUAAGUGAAGCAAACAAUUCACUGAGUGGCUGAGCAAACAGCAAAAUCCGACGCUGACGCCGACGUCGACUUAGACGUCGCCAACAUCGCUGCUGCUGUGUGAUAAGAAGAAACUACUGUUAUUUUUUUUGUCGACUAUGGCUGCAUCAGACUUGCAUGGCAUUACCGUUAGCCGGUCUGUCGCCAUUUUCAUAGUGCUGCUGACAAGUGUCAUUCUGGAACAUCACAGCUGUUUGGCCCUUGAUGUUUAUUUUCCCACCACAUCAGUGAAAUUCAAUCUACCCAUCAAUGAGGAAUCGGAAAGUAUAUUUUCCAAGAUCCCCUUGGCCCAGUUUCAAGUGUUGAAUGUAGAGAACAAUCAGUUGGCCACUGAUUACAUUUACAGUCUGGAGCAGAAUCCUUUGCUGCGGAUCAACGCCAGUUCUGGAGAGGUUUUCAUGCGUACUGACUACAAGCCAGUAAAUGGAAGUGUCAAAUAUGUGUUGACCGCUUUUCCACGCAAUCAGAAUGUAGAAGCAGACAUUGCAUUUGGGAAAGACAACAGAGAGGAAGAUCGAGAGGAGUUGCUACAGGUGGCGCAUUUAACAUUGGAAAUAAUCCCACAAAAACUAGAAGAAUAUUGCGAGGAAUUGGAGCAUAUUUGUUUUUGGUCCUCCGUACAUUACACCAUAGCAGAGACGGACAUAUUUUCAUCCCAGAAUGGAGUCAGCAAAACUCAGAGUAACUCCUUCGAACCAGUUCUCGUUGGAGCUCUAAACUCCCGGGCAGCUAAGUAUCUGUGCCAUCAUAAAGGUGUGGAGUACUCGUUGACAGCGGGUAGCUCCCAUUUUGCAUUAAAGCAGAAUCGUUUGUACACCAAACAACCUCUGGAUCAUGAUGAGCUGAAUGGCCUAAUGGCGCGAGCUGGACAAUUACAAGCUAAGAUUACAUGCACGGUCAAGGUGUCCGAAACGACACAGAGAAAAUUCUAUCGCAAGUACGACAUUAAAAUUAUGGAUCGCAAUGACAAUGGACCAACAUUGCAGGAAAAGGAGCCCCAUUUCAAUUUCUACAUGGAGCAGCCUUUCUUUCAAGAGAACGAGCCGGUGGGCGAGAAAAUCAUCUACUUGGACAAGGACACUUUAGCUGCCAAUGAGCAUUUGGGUUAUGCUAUUCACAAUGAUACAAAUGCAUUGCUGAAGCCCGAUUGUCAUGCCUAUGAGGCGGAUCACACGGCCAGACCACAUACCAUAAUCAGUUGUCAACUUCGAUUUGUGCGCAGUGGAUUCCUGCGACAGACACCCUAUUGUCUUACUCUGGAGGCCAGGGAUCAAUCCAUAAAGCUGAAGCACAUCAAUGUAUCGGCAAAGGCCCAUAUUUGUUUGCACGUGGAUUUGUCCCGGUUACACGACUCCAACCAGGAUCGUCCACAGGCAUUGCCACUGAGCUCGCGUCAAUAUAAUGUUUACGACAGUCCGAGUGAUUUGAGUGGAGUUAAUGGACUUCAAAUAAGCAUCGACUAUGAAAAGAAUGUAUUUGUCUAUCGAACGGCUACGUUAUUUUCUCGAGUUGCUCAGCCGGAGAAAUUUGUGGAACUGCAGCGUAUGAAAUUUAUAAAUUUUGGCCUCACCGAGGAUAAAACUCGCGCCUUUAACAUUACACCGAUAUCGGGUAUAAUCUUUGUCCAAAAUGUCACGGCCCUGGCGCUGGCUUCGGAAACGGUUUAUUUCCUCAAUAUCACUUGGCAGGAUCAACAACUGGAAAGGGAAUCACACACAUUUGUCAUCAAUGUCCAUUUGGUCGAAGGCAGGCCAGAGAAUGCCAGUUGCGAAGUGAAGAACAGAUCACGUCCACAAACCUGUGCCCAUGUCAAAUAUCAAUCUCAAUGCCUCAAAUAUUGUGGGGUUGCAACGAAUGGGGGCGCCUGUAUGUGGCGUGGCUCCAAGUCUGCCUUUUUCGGGCGCAACUAUGGUUCUUGUGUGCCCGAUGCCCGCUACUGUCCUGAUCGAGUAUGUGAUUCUUUGGAGCAAAGGAAUGAAAAUAUUUGCCCCCAAGAUUGCAAAGAUGCCGGUGAUAUUGUUGGUCCUCACACAAAUAAUGAGAACCAUAGAGGCAUUUUGAAAGGUUCCGGCACAUGCAUUUGCGAGCAUUAUGGCAAAUGCUCCUGUGGUCCCCUCAUGGAAGAAGAAGGUACUAGAUCAACCCGUCCGCGAAAGCGUAAGAACGAGACGGACGCCGAUUUGAUUUUGGCCACAGCAGCAGCAACACCUCUGCUUGUUGAUGAUCAUAGGCAAAGUUCGACGCAUGAGAGUCAGGAUCCCCUGUUGCUCGGUGUCCUUAAUGUGGCCAGUUUUGAGUGCAAUCGUUCCUGCUUGCUUAUCGUGAUUAGUUGCCCGUUGAUUUUCAUUCUUCUUCUACUCUGCCUGCUGGUCACUCAACAAAAACUCCUUCAGAAACGCCUGGGCAAACAAUCGCUGACUCCUUUAACCAAGCAAGCUCUGCCAGACACCAACAGCGGAGCCGGCGGAGAUUUACCCUUAAUGCCACUUCAAAGUAAUUUCAAAUUCGAGUCUAGCGAUUCGAAAUGGGAAUUUCCUCGUGGUCAAUUGCAGUUGGACACGGUGCUGGGCGAGGGAGAAUUUGGUCAAGUUCUGAAAGGUUAUGCCACACAAAUUGCUGGUUUGCCUGGAGUCACCACUGUGGCUGUUAAAAUGCUUAAGAAGGGUGCCAAUUCGGUGGAGUAUAUGGCUCUGCUUUCCGAGUUCCAACUACUGCAGGAGGUCUCACAUCCAAAUGUAAUCAAACUCCUUGGCGCCUGCACUCAUUCCUCAGAGGCCCCCAUGUUAAUCAUUGAGUACGCCCGCUACGGUUCCCUGAGAAGCUAUUUACGGCUGAGUAGAAAAAUAGAAUGCGCUGGAGUGGAUUUCAGUGAUGGCGUUGAACCAGUCAAUGUCAAGAUGAUGCUCACCUUUGCCUGGCAAAUAUGCAAGGGAAUGGCCUACUUAACCGAACUGAAGCUAGUUCAUCGGGACUUGGCGGCACGUAAUGUCCUAUUGGCCGAUGGAAAGAUUUGCAAAAUUUCCGAUUUUGGAUUAACCCGAGAUGUCUACGAAGACGAUGCUUACCUGAAGCGAUCACGAGACCGUGUGCCAGUCAAGUGGAUGGCACCUGAAUCUCUGGCUGAUCAUGUGUACACCACCAAAUCGGAUGUGUGGGCAUUCGGUGUGCUCUGCUGGGAACUUAUAACAUUAGGUGCAUCACCUUAUCCGGGUAUUGCACCACAGAAUCUCUGGUCACUGCUUAAGACUGGCUAUCGCAUGGAUAGGCCAGAGAAUUGUUCGGAGGCCGUUUACUCCAUUGUCCGCACCUGCUGGGCUGAUGAGCCCAAUGGACGACCCUCGUUCAAGUAUCUUGCGGCAGAAUUUGAGAAGCUACUGGGCAAUAACGCUCAGUACAUUGAGCUGGAGACCAAUGCCGUGUCUAAUCCAUUAUAUUGUGGUGAUGAGGCCGCUCUAAUGGCAGAAGGACUCGGAGAACCCGAAUCUCUGGAACACCUGUGGUCACCGCCAAAGAUCCCAUAUGACUCACAGGAUGGAGCCAAUAGCUAUGACCUCUCUAUGACCGAUAAUCAGCAGCAACCGACAGCAACAUCAUCAUCUGUUGCAACAACAGCCCCACCCGGCUAUGAUCUGCCCCGUCCCCUGAUCGAAGCCCACACUAUCGAACAGGUUUUGCGCUAUGAAAAUGAUUUGCGUUUUCCCCUUAACAUACGAAAAUCGAGCUGCAGCCCCAGCUAUAGCAACAUGACCAACGCUGGACCGUCAACAGGCAAUGCUGUUGCUUCAUCCUUACCCCAUUAUGCUGUGCCCGUUAAGCGUGGACACUCCUACCUAGACAUGACCAAUAACACACUCAUACCAGAUAAUCUGGACAAUCGUGAUUACGAGAAGCAUCGAUCAAAGACCAUUUCAUUUCGUUUCUCUAGCUUGCUAAAUCUAAAGGAGUCUGUGGAGUCCAACCAACAAGUCCAGGGAUCAGAUGAUGUUUAAAUCCCUUUACAAUUUUUAAUUAAGUACAUCUACUGCGCCUGUCUUUUAGUUCAAAUUGUUUGUUAAUUAGUUUUAAUUUUAUAUAGCUUUACAUAGCCGAUGCCAAAAAUUAUUGAAAUUAUGUCUACAUCGAAUACGCUGCCUUUGCAUUUCCACAAAACUAUUCCAAUUUAGAUUUGGAUUUGAAUAUGAUAUAGCCUUAAACAACAUUCCACAUUUAUUCCAUUUUUAAUCAUUUAUUAUCGCUUAAUUCGAAAAGAACACCUAAAUGAUUUAAUUAACCAAUACGCUUUUUAUAUAU